CUCCCUCUUGGACUUCUUACUGCCGCCCAGGGCCACCCUAUGCUGGUCGAGCUCAAGAACGGCGAAACAUUGAACGGCCAUCUGGUUAGCUGCGACACAUACAUGAACCUUACACUCAAGGAAGUCAUUCAAACGAGUCCCGAAGGCGAUCGCUUUUUCAGACUGCCCGAAUGCUACGUCCGCGGAAACAACAUCAAAUACCUGAGAAUGGAAGAUGAAAUCGUGGAUCUCGUCAAGGACCAACAAGCCAGCCAGCAAGCGGCCAGGGGAGGUCGCGGAGGUGGCCAAGGAGGAAGAGGCGACCACAGCGGACGCGGAGAGCGCGGCGGCAGAGGCGGACGUGGCGGUCGUGGCAGAGGUGGUCGCGGAGGUCGUGGCGGUGGUUGA